AUACAUCCUGAAAUAGCUAUAUCUUGUUGCAUGUUUUUCUUGCUCAUCUUUCAGCUUUACUCUUCAUAUGCAAUGACUCAUCUGAAGAAGGAGAAGCAGAUACCGCAUGCCUCUGUUGCCUUUCGUCACAUCUCGUGUUUAGAACAUUAUUAGCGUUCUUCAUACGAGUGUGUGAUUGCUCUCCGGCCUUGAGCAGUGAGUAGUUUUCUAUUAUGAAGUGAAUGAGUCAUCUGGGGGAGGGUGAGAUUGGAGCAGUCUCUGUCCGGUGGAGCCAGUCACAGCCUGGGGUCUAAACUUGGAAGGGGAGGGUCUUCGGUCAGCUGUCGUGUGCACUUUCUGGACUUUGUUGACUGGUAAAUCACAUAUAAACCAGUGGAAAGUGCUAACAUCGUCAGUAAACUUCUAGAACUCGUACGUGAGCGCAGUGUUACGCGUUAACUUUGCUGCGUCAUUACGCGCCUGGAGACUUUUUCCAAACUACGCUCUUUUUGAUAAUUGAUUAAUUCCGGAUUUCUCACAGGAACGCGUUUUUUUUUAACCAAAAAAAAAAAAAAAAGUUCUUUAAAGUCACUUUUUCCGAGUUUCACCAUGGCAGAAGGGGAUUACUACACUAUGGGCAAUCGACAGAGGAUUCCUAGGGAUCCGUUUGGUGAACAGUCGCUCGCAUCUCGGUUUAUGGACGAUGACUUUGGACUGCCACCGUUUCACGACGAGUUAUCUAUGGACUGGCCCGGCUGGGCACGACCUCGACUGAGCGCGCGCCUCGACGCGCCGUGGACGGGACCGGUGAGCUCGAGCUUCCCGCGUGGCUUCAGCACCAGAUACAGCGAGGGUCCACGCAGAUCCAGCGCUCCUCUGACCGACCCUGACCAGCCGUGGAAAGUGUGCGUGAACGUGCACAGCUUCAGACCCGAGGAGCUCAAUGUCAAAACUAAAGACGGUUUUGUAGAGGUGUCAGGGAAGCAUGAGGAAAAGCAAGACGAGGGCGGAAUUGUUACCAAAAACUUCACAAAGAAAAUUCAAAUCCCAUCCGAUGUGGACCCAAUCACUGUGUUCGCCUCUCUGUCUCCAGAAGGGGUUCUCAUCAUUGAAGCGCGGCAGACCCCUCCGUACUACCUCUACAGCAACGAAAUGCCCACAGAACCCAUGGAAGAACACGAGGCCAGACCUCAGGAACCCAGCAUGGCUUCAGCCGAAGUCUAUGCGUCCAGGGAGUGAACGCAAGCUGACAGUCCCUUGGUGUUUGUUCCAAGCCAGUGCCAAAAUCUAGUUUUAUCAGUUUCAGAAAUGUACUUAAAUCAAAAGUCCUUAAUCUGCUAGUGACUAGUCCAUAAAUCAAAUGUUACUCUACAUAAACUACUAUGAGAUGCAAAAUCAAGCUUGUGGAGCUACAGAUUGUGUAGAGUAUGUUCUGGUAUGUUCUCUUCUUCUUUUCUUAUGUGUGUGUGUGUGUGUGUGUGUAUGUGUGUGUUGUUUUCAUCUUUUUGUGUAGGGAUGUAUGCCAUGCAUUUUUAUAAUAAAUGACAUUUACGAAA